CUUUCAUAGUUGGUCAUGAAAUCUUUUAGUCAGUUAAUCAGUUAGUCGUCCGUUUGGAUAGUCAGUCAGUUAUUUAGUUGGUAAGAGAAUAGUUUGCCAGUUAGUCAGUUGAUCAUUUAGCCAGUUAUUCAGUUUGCCGAUUAUUUUGUGAGUCAGCCUUUUGAGUAAGUUGGCCAGUUGGUCUGUCAGUCAAUUAGUUGGUUAGUUGGUCAGUUAAUGAGUCGGUCCGCUGGGCUGUUACUCCUGCAGCAGUUCAGUCAGCAAGAUGACCGCCAAGAAAGUAAGCAAGUUAAACCAGUGAUCCAUCCCUCCAGCCAGGCAGCGAGUCAGCUGGUCGGUGAGGGAGUGGCUUCCUGCUCUGCUGCCUCCAGCUGAAUGGUAUUCAGCAAUCCAGCGACCCAGCCUCCCGCUCAGUCACUCCAUCCGUCAGUCAGUCUCUCAGUGGGUGUAGAUGCAGGGCUGCUGGUCAGCUGUUCCGGACGGCUCGUAUCACCCUCAGGAUCUCACACUGUUGAAUCAGCUGAGGAGCCACUGAGAGGGUUACUGUGGUCAUCACUAUGACUGAUGGGGAUUAUGACUACCUUAUAAAGCUCCUUGCCCUGGGGGACUCCGGCGUGGGGAAGACCACCUUCCUGUACCGAUACACAGACAACAAGUUCAACCCCAAGUUCAUCACCACAGUUGGCAUCGAUUUCAGGGAAAAGAGAGUAGUGUACACCGCAUCCAACCCCAAUGGCACGACCGCAGGGAAAACCUUCAAGGUUCACCUUCAGUUGUGGGACACAGCUGGACAGGAGAGGUUCCGCAGCCUGACCACGGCAUUCUUCAGGGACGCCAUGGGGUUCCUGCUGAUGUUUGAUCUCACCAGCCAGCAGAGCUUCCUCAACGUCAGAAACUGGAUGAGCCAACUACAGGCCAAUGCCUACUGUGAGAAUCCAGAUAUUGUGUUGGUAGGAAACAAGGCGGACCUGGCCGACCAGCGGGAGGUUCAGGAGAAACAGGCCAAGGAGCUGGCUGAUAAAUACGGGAUCCCGUACUUUGAGACAAGUGCAGCGACAGGAGUGGAGGUGGACAAGGCGGUGAUAACGUUGUUGGACCUGGUCAUGAAAAGGAUGGAGCAGUGCGUUGACAAACCGCCCGCCGAGCCAGCCAAUGGGAACGGGGCCACAAAGCUUGCCGACGCGCAGCUCAAUGAGAAGAAAUGUGCAUGCUAGAUCACAAGGCGAUUCAGGAAACGACCUCAGUCGUCUGUCCUUUCUACUCAGCACAUUCCCUCCUUCUUUUACCUUCUCUGUCAUCUUUGAUUGCAUGUUUCUUAAUCUACUUCUGUUCACACUCUUCUCUUCAAGAGUAACCUUUAACUACCUUCGGCUCCUCUUUUCAUUCUCUUCCUCCCUUUAUGCUUCCUUCUCCUCCCAAAGGGUCUGCCACUUUGGCAAUUAAACAACCCUGUCCCCCUCUGGUGGAUAUUUAAGGUAUUACAGUGUCAACGUGUCAACCUUUGAGGAAAUUAAAACAGGAGGGGACAGUUUCACCACUGUCAGACAAAUAAUGUGCCUCGUUUAAAACAUGCAGCCUGGGAAUAAAGCUCUGAACACUCCCAAUUUCUCCACUUGCAAGUGGUUUGAAUAAUUUGAAUAGAUCUAAACAGACAAAAAGAGAUGUUACAUUUUUACUCUUUAAAGUAUGAUUUGUUUAUCACUUUGAACACAAGGGAAAGAUUUUGCUUCCUGUUUAGGCUGUCACUGGAUGACAGCCUAUUCGGGGCCAUUAAGAGUUUAACACCAGGCUGUGUCUGUGUAAAUUAAGUCAUCUCCUCUCCUGAAACUUUUCCUCCAGGGCCGGGCUGAGCAACUGCGUGACCGCUUUUUUCUUCCCCCCCCCCCCCCCCCCCCCCCCCCCCCGUUUCACACUGUUUUUGAUGCUGUAUCCUUAUUGGCCACAUAUGGUGAUUUUUCAGUGUUUGAAGCUGUUUUGUUUGGAAUUUUGCUAGAAAUGCAACAAAUUGUGUUGUAGUUGUUGGAGGUCUACCAUGGUAUCUCUUUCUGAUUCAGAUUAAUCAGUGAUUGAUUUUUAUUGUCAAGCCAAUGUCAGCUUUUUAGCUUCUAUAGCUAAUUUUAGGAUAUGGAAUAAUAGCUUAAUCCACAAUGAGCUGGGCAGAUAAAUAUUGGACCUAUAUUAAACUUUAUAUUCCUAACAAUAAACAAACCAACCCAAGGCGGAGUACAUUAUUUUUCGUAACUAAAAACAGGUCAGGGUAGAUUAUUCUGCUUAUGGCCACCUGAUAGAGAGUAUUCAUAUUUUGGAUCAACAACCUUGAUAAAUGUAAGAUUUGUGGUGAGACUGCCUUGAUAUUAGGAGAACGUGUAGCAACCUUCCAUCUUUAGCAGUGGCUAAAUGUGCUAAUAUUAACAAAAGCGGCUGAUGAGUUUUUUGGAGUAAAGAAAAAUUGCAGUGUUUCAGUAGCUUUUAUAUGUAAACAACUCAAAUUGAGAAAAACAUAUCAGUAGCCUAUACCUCGUAGUAUCAGUCCUCACCUACUUUAAAAUUUUCUCUGAAUUCUGUCUUUCUAUCUGACCUUUGAUUCCAAAACAAAAGCAUGCGGUAAGUUAAGCUAACGUAACCUACCAUGCUGUCCUUUUUUUGCUGUUUAGACUGCCAUGUGAUUGAUUAGGAGUAACAUUGUUUGAAUAAUCUGGAUACUUUUACAUUACGGUAGUAACACUGAAUUGUGAUUGUAAUUUUGCUAAGUAUAUAUACUGUUUUUAUUUCCCAGUUCUACUUUGGACUGAACAGAUUAGCAGACACAACAGUGCUUCAGCUAGCUUUCUGUUAGAAGCCCAGUUUUUUUAUACUUUGCUAUUGUACAGCUGACUCUCAUUAGUCCUCCAUAAUGGUGCCAGACUUGGCUGACUACAGAUUUGCAUAUAAUAUACCAUUCAUAUUGUAGGACAAAUAUGGGUACAGCAUGACACAUGUGCAAUGGAGAAAAAAAGCCUACAUUGUACAUCAUUAGUAGAGUGUCCCAGAUCAGGAUAGAUGUAUUGGUCCACACUGAUCUACUGCCUUGGCUUUUAAAGCUUUAUUCCACUGUAGUGGAACAGAGUUUAAUCUCUGUGGGAGUUUGAGAUAAGUCAGAGAUAAGAGGAUGCAAUGUCACCGCAAUUUGCUAAUAUUUACAGAAAAUGAAAUGAUGCUAAUCAAUAGCCUAAAAAAGACAAUGGCUGUUUUAGAAAUAGAACAAACACUGGUUUUAAGUCAGUAUAAAUGCAUUUAAAAAGUUAAAUUAAUUUGUGAGUGGAGAGGAUAAUUAUAUCUAAUCAGCAUCAUUAUUUGCCCUAACCUUAAGAUCGGAAAAAACUCCAAAUGUCAGUUAGGUGACGUCAGUUUUUCGGGGCAGCUUUCAGAUGUUGACCUCUUAUCUCUUUAUAACAGAUUAUCAGGCAAAGUGAAAUAUUGCUUUAAGGCCCCAUACAUGACCAAUGUUGUUAGACCAAUUAUUUAUAUUAAAAGAAAUGUAAAACAUGAUUAUUAUUUCUGUUGUCAUAUUUUUGUUAUAUUCUUUAUAUGUCAUACACCUUCUUUUUUUAAGUUUCAGGUCUGUCAAGAGAAAAUUGUCUCAACUGCAUUUGCAUUUUUUAUUGCAGUAGUGCUCUUACUUGUCAAAUUAACCCAAAAAUUACAACUCUAGCAACACAAUGCGUCUUUAACAUAAAGAAAACACACUAUUAUAAGCGCUUGAAGAGGAAUAGUAGAAGUUGUUUAAGGCUUUUUUACCUUUGUUAUGAACUUGACUUUUUUAGUUCAACACUUGAAGAUACUGUGGAUCAACUUUUUGUUGUGUUUUGUUGCUUAACAAUUUUUUUUCAUUGGAUAACUGACCAUUUAAAAAGUUGCUGGUGCAGAAAACCUAAUGAAAUCAUGUUUUAAUGAAACUGAAGUCAACUGAGUGCUGUGUGAUAUGUACCACGAUGCUAUGCGUGAGCACAACAAGAAACAUCUGUAUUUCGAAGUCUUUUAGACAUAAACUUACUAACAGUCUAUUUCAAUGUCAAAAAUCAGAUGAUCUUCUGAGAUGAACUCUUUUGUUUAAAGUGCAACUCAAUAAUUUUCCUAACAUCAAGUAACACCUUGAUCUGCCUUACUUUUUCUUUAGCCCAGUUGAGGUGCACCAGAAACAAGUGAAAUUGUCUAUUUGCUUGCCACCUGCUGGCAGCUAAGUCCUUACUUCAUCCUUCAGUGAGCCAAGGGGAGGGUUUACAUAGCAGUCCCAACUCACAGCUGCAUAAUUUUAGGAUUACUGCAGGUUGGUUUUCAAAGUAUAAGUGAAACCUGUGGCUGCCAAAUUAUUUGUUGUUGUGCUCCAUUAAAAAUCCGUAGUUAAAUGGUCAUAGAGCUUUGGCAUCACCUUGUUGUCACCUACAGUAUAUUAAAUAUGCCAGUUUGCCAAAUAAAAAAAGGAAAUGUCACAAACAACUGUUUGUUUUUAAACGUAAACCUCAUUCUGCUGUUCACUCAGAAAACAACUGCCUUCACAUACACACACACAGAAUGUGUUUUUAUUUUGUGUGUUCUUAAUUUGUUCAAAAGCCAAGCAGAGUCGUCUGCCAACAGCUGAUCUCAGUGCCAUAUUAAACACCCAUUGCUGUUUUAAUUUAUCAGAACAUUUAUUUGGGGAUUAUAAAGACAUAAGGAGAUGGCUCACAUUGUAACAUUCUCCCCUGGUUACUCCCCUGGCUGCAUUAUUGUGAUAAUGUUCCCAGAAAACACUGUAUCUCUAUAGAUUUGUUGCAGCUGAUCAUCUGCUUACUACUUUUGGUCCAAUCUGUAAUUAAUUUUGGUCUAAUAGUAUAUCAUGUAAUGAUAAUGUACGGUUUACAUAUUUCCAAACACUUACAGAAGCAGCCUACUGAAAUCCUCUUAACAAAGGGAUUAUUUUUAUUUUGUGUAUUUCCUUUGUUCUAACUUUCGUUAAUGUCCUGUUACUGUUAAGCAAGUGAUAUUUCAGCGGAAUUGUAUCUUUAAGACCUUUAAAGAUAGUUAACACUGCAGUAACUGAACUUUUUUGACCACUUGGGGACAGUGGAACAAGCUGACACCUUAUAAAAUUGUUGAACGUGAAAGUAAACCGCUGCAGACACAGUAACAUUUUGUUUGUGUCAAUCUGAAAAAUCUAAUUACGAUAUUUACUAUCAUUUUAGUUCUGCUUUGGUCUCCACCAACUCCCUAGCUGCUAGAUGUUCCAUUCUUUGUCUGUCUGUUGUCUGGUGCUGGACAGGUGGUGUACAGUGAGUUUAUGAAAGCUUGUUUGCUGAAAAGAAAAAACCCAGCUGCCUGCUGCUGCUGGAAAGGGGGUUGAAGAACUUAAUCAUACACUAAAUGUGCCAAAAAACCAAAUCAAUAUGCUAAAAGAGGCUAAAAUGCUCUGUAUUGUGCUGCAUAAUUCUCUGUGGGUUCACAAGGAGUGUCACCGUUCAUAUUACACAAUAGAUUGUUACUAUAAAGAUAGAGCAGCUUUAAAAUGUCUCUAAAAGUCUUUUAAAAAGUUUACCAAGUGUUCAUUUCGUUAAAGCCAAUAAUCAAGUGUAUAACUUUUUCUCAGUUCUCGAAAAAUCUACAUGUUUUUGGUAAAUGUUUGGUGAAACAUUUCAAUUAUGGCUUUGAUUUCUCUGUAAUGCACCUUUAUUGAUCACAGAAAACAAAUUUGGAUUCAAUUGCUGCAAAAUGUUUUUUUAUUUUAAUUUGAUUCUAUUUUAAUCUUAAUUUAUUGAUUUUGCAUUGACACAAAAAGAUUAAACACGGAAAUUAAUAUUUAAGAUCGACCUAACACUCCAGAUCAAAUAAAGCAAGAUGAAAAACUUUGCUCAUAAAAAGAAUCAACAGGUGGUUGUGUUGAGUAUUUGAGUCCAGAUUCCAGAUUGCCUCACCUCUAGAUGGACAACCUUUUUCCUUCACACGUAGAACCAAUUGCUUUUAAUUAUGACAAUCUUCAGAACCAUUUUGUCAGCUUUUAUCUGAACCUUUCUUCUUAAGUUGCUCAUAUUUUCUAUGUAAAAUUUCAAUUUUGUUUAUAUAGUGCCAAAUCACAACAUAAGUUAUCUCAGAGCGCUUUUCAUAAAAGAGCAGGUCUAGACCGUACUCUGUGAUGAUAUUUACAGAAGCCAAACAGUUCCCACCAAGAGCAAACAAAUGUUAUUGAAAUUUUAAGAAUAUUUUUGUCUUCUUGUGCCCUUUUGCAUCAUGUUUUCUUCAAGCUUCUCUUUCAUAAGUCUUAAAUGGUUUUGCUAGUUUUUUAAUUCACUUUCAAAGUUUACACUGUUUGAAGAGUCAUGUUGUGCCUGUUAUUAACUUUUCUGUCUGAUCCUCUGUAAAGUUUGUGAGCUACUUAAUAUUUCAAAGCAUUAUUGAUUAUAGAUUACAAAGCAGAGGCAUAAGCGACCAGAAGUCAUGAUGUUGUUUUUGUGCCCGAUAUAUCAAAACAAUUAUUUAAUCCAAGUACCUCUAAGAGCUUUUAUUUUUGGAAAUCCUCUGUGUGUGAAUUCUCUCUGAUGCCUGCGGUUUGUACACGUUUCUUCAGUUUUCACCGUGUGUAUCAAUGGCUGUGUGUUUGUUGGGUUUGUUGCACUGUCAGCAUGUUUGACACAAUGAGAAUGAAAUGACCUGUGAUGCGUUUAAUGUUUCUGAUGUCAGAGCUGCAAAUAAAUCUAUGUGUUUGUUUUA